AUGCUGAACGGGCCUUUUUAUUUCUUCAGGAGAGAAACGUUCAACCACCUGGCAGGUUGGUUGGAAGAUGUAAGAAAAAACGGAAAUGCAAACUCGACCGUAAUUUUGAUCGGAAAUAAGUGCGAUCUUUUUCAAAGAAGAGCGGUGAGCAUCGAGGAAGGGGAGCAAUUUGCAAAGGAGAAUGGAUUGAUAUUCAUGGAGGCUUCUGCUAAAACAGCUCAAAAUGUCAACCACGCAUUUAUAAAGGCGGCCGCAACAAUCUACAACAAAAUUCAGGAUGGAACUUUCGACUUAUCGAGUGAGACUACCGGAAUCAAAGUUCGAUAUGGGGGAAAGGAAGGACCUUCAGCGGGGAGACGAGACAGUGCUGCUUCUCAAGGAAGACGUUGCUCGUGUAGCUGA